CGAAUGAUCUCUAUAUCAUACACUCGACGAUUCAAGCACAUGUUUCGUCGUUAUUCAAUAACCAUCAAAACAAAGAUAAACUUGUGUUACUGCUAGUAAAUAUAUACAUAUUGGUGGAGCAGAAGAGAUAGUGCCAGAAGGUUACGAUAGACAUUUUUAUAUAAAUCCCAUCAACAUCAGGCCAUUCCCAGCAGCCUUCUCAUUCCAGAGAUGCUAGUUACACUGUAGAAAAUGAAUCUACAGAAACCACUUCUAGGUCGGAAAGGAAGAUGAGACCCGUGAAAAUUGCAAAGAGGAGAGCUGGUCGUGAAUUAUUUAACACACUAGGACUCAUGAAAGCCAAAAAGAAGGAUUCGAACUGUUGGGAAAUAGUAAAUGGAGUUCUGAGCUCCAGAAAAAGGAAUAGUUGUUCACCGAACUGUAUAAUUCAUCGCGAGGAGUAUAAACAGUUAUCAGAAGCUGCAGUUGACGAAAAACUAAGGAUUUUGCUAAAACCCAUUUUUGAGGAAUAUCGAAAUGCGAGUGGACAGCCAUCCUCCUCAUCUAUGGGACGCGAUCCAGAAUGCCCUUCAGCAGAUGAUGUGCAAAGAAUGUUCCAGAAUCUAUCGGUUCAUUCAGAAGAUCCUGCCUAUUCUGAAAUUAUAAGAAAAUUGCAAGCAUAUAAUGAAUUCCAAUUUCCUUAUUAAUGAGAACAUCCUAAUAUGCUUAUUCAUGCACAUAUUAUCUAUGUUAUGGUGGGUUUAUUCAGGCUUCCCAAGAACUAAGACCACGGGUUCAAUAUGUUCCACUUCGAUUAGUUUUUUUCGUACGGUCGGAUCAUAUAGCGUUACUUAAAACUAAUACCUAAGAAAGGGACCAAUCUUCUAGGCAGAAAGCGAUCAGGUUAAUGUCAUCUGCCAAUUAGAAUGUUCAAAUCUUAGGUCUUAGUUGCAGUAACACUGCAUGAACCGACCCUGAGGUCUUAGUUCCUAGAAACGCUGCCUAAACCCACCAUUACUUUCGCAUUUGGAGGUAUAAAAAUCGAAUUUUUCCUAGGAUUUAUUCUAUUUCAUUGUUUACAGAUUUGACCAAUCUUGCCGAAUUUACUUUUUCUAUUUUUAGUCAUAUGUACAGGGUAGGCAAAAUUGGUGAUACCUGAACUACAACUUUCAAACCCAACGAGAUAGAGGAAAAUGAAUGCCACCUUACGUUCGUCUUUUUUGAUGAAACUAAAAAUGGCAUCGACUGCAUUCCUCUAUCUUCUUAUGUUUUCGUGUUAUGGGCCAAAAUUGAAAUUUGGGCUAUUUCAACUUUGGUCAAUAUCUCCGUUUCUGUUUAU